AUGUCAGUUAUUGAACCAGACUAUAAAGUACCAUGUAGAAAUACAAUCAUCGUUCGUAUUGAAAAAAUGUAUGAUGAUAAAAUGAUGGAACUAAAGCGUAAUCUAGAAAAUAUAAAAGGUGUAGCAUUAACUACGGAUGGCUGGACGUCUUUGGCUGUAGAUUCUUAUAUAACAAUCACAUGUCACUACUUUAAUGAAAAUUGGGAACUAUGUACUCAAGUAUUAGGGUUUGAAGAAAUGCGAGAAAACCAUACGGCAGAUAAUAUACAAGACAGUUUAAUUAAUAUGAUUGAAACAUGGAAUUUAACCGGUAAAGUCAUAGGGAUAAGUCACGAUAAUGCUGCAAAUGUAACUAAUGCUGUACGAAAAUUACAAGAACGUGAUAUUUAUUCAAGUCCGUGUGCCGCCCAUACAUUGCAAUUAUCUAUUAAUAAAGGUCUUGAGAAUAGAAUGUGUAGCCAUUUAUUAAAAUUAGCCUCAGACAUAGUUGCUGCUUUUAGGCACUCUCCAAAACGAACAAAUGCUUUAGAAAACAAAAUCAGUACACUACAUAAUCAAAAUUAUUGUUAUUAUUUAAAUAUUUAA